AUGUCUCUGUUUGACGACGAUAGCUUUAGCUCUUCGUCUUCGUCUGGUGGAUUGCGAGGUGGAGAGGGAUCUUGCAGGGAUAAUGAUCAGGAACUAACUGUUUCUUUACCGAUGGGUGCAUGCGGAAAGAAUGGGAUACCUGCGUCGGCCAUGCCGAUUAAAAAUGGUGGAGUGUCGCGCUUUACUCUGACUGCUGAGGAGAACAAGCAGGCUGAGGAGCGAAGGCGUAUGCAGGCCGGCAGUCGCUCGAUGCUGCGCAGUGAGGUGGCAGCAGCUUCGAGUAGUGGUGGUGUCGGGUCAGGACAGGAGCCGAGCCGAUUUCAAGCCUCCAUUGCCGAGGCGCUGCAGCUGCGUAAGGAUGCUCGCGAGGUGGUGCUCUUGCGAAGAAUACAAAAGCAGAGGCGUGAAGAAGCAAGUAACUCAGAGCUUGUGGAGAAGGAUCUUGAGGUUGGUGUAUUUGUCACGCCACAAUAUAUGGCGGCGUUGAAGCGGCAGAACAAUCGGCAAUGCGCAACACUAUCGAAAGCGCCUAGCGUCAUCGAGGACGGUGGUGAUGCCGCUGAUCCACUCGAGGCGUACGUCCGGCAGCUUGAAGAAAAGCGGUCGGCUGUUGCUGUGCAUUCCUCGUCGACAGCGACAGAUGUACUCCAUGACGACUGUUCUAAUAAUGACGACACGGGAUUGAGGACGCACAUGGCGCGGAAGGUCCCGUGUGACAGCAGCAGGUGUGGCGCGGCGUCAGAGGAGACUCAGCAUGUUGGCACACAAGCGGAGCCAUCCACAUUGAUACCAAUGCCAAUCACCCCCGUGCCAUAUGCUGACAAUUGCAAGGUUGAACAUGUUGACAACAGGACGGGGCAGUCAGUGUCGCUACCGGCCGCGCCACACAACGCGGCGCGCCUCGACGAGGUUAUCCAUGAGGCGAGGGAGAGUCGCAAACGUCGUCGCGCUGAUCGUCUCUUCAUGGAGACAGCCGCCAAAAGAUUCAAUGAGCGUGCCUUGGAACGUGUGGAGGCAAGGUGA